CAUCCGAUGUCCCUCCUGUAGACAACAGAUGAAGGUGACUAACCCUGGCAGUCCAGUAGAGGAGUGGGUCAGUCAGCUGAAACCACGCCACAUCAUACAGGGGCUAAUGGACGACUUUGGACCCAGCACAAAGGCUGUGGAGGAACAUGUGUGCAGUGUUUGUACAAAACAAGGAAAGACAACUGGUGCUCUGUCAGCGAUGUUGUGUACUGUGAAGGAUGUCUCCAGUUGCACAACAUGAUGCCAGGGUUGUGUGACCAUGAAGUAGCUCACUUGUCUGAUCACACCAAAACAAAGGUCAAGCGUUGCUUCAUGUGUCAAGUCCACAGAGACAAACCGAUAGAGUUGUUCUGUAAAGACUGCAAGCAGGCAAUAUGCACGAUAUGUUGCAGUAUAAAACGCAGGGCAUGUAAGGAUGUUGAUACAAUAGAGAGUACCACCCCUCUUGUGAAGGAACAACUGACAAGCAAAAUAGAGCGGCUCAGAAUCAACAUUGCAGCUGCGAAUAAUAUCAUAACCCAGAUAAAAUCUACAAUUCAAGAUGUGAAGAGUAAUUCACAAACCCUCAAAGAUCAAGUCACAAAGACACGGGAAACAGUGAUGUGUGCUAUUUUAAGAAAAGAGAAGCAACUCCUUGGUGACAUCGACAAAGCUACUGAUGACCAAUUACGUGAGUUACAAGCAGAUAUAAAAAUCCAGGAGAUCGAGCUACAGAUGUACCAGCAGCAGUAUGAGUUCACAGCCAAUGCUGUGACGUCCAACUGUGAGAUGGACAUGUAUGCCGUCUAUGAGUCGGUGGAUGAGACGUCUACAGACAACAGAGACACGGGCAACAGACCAGCACCAAGAUGGGUUGUAUUGACACACGACCUGGACAAGCUGAGUAAAGCAGUUGAUGAGCUACAGCUGGGGGAGGUUGAAGUUGUCCAUGAUGUGAGUGACCCCGGGUCUUCUCCUGUUCUACAUCACAACAUUAACUGCAAGGAAGCUGGGGACGGGAGGGAUCCUUCGUUCGUUGACGUCACAGUGUUGACUGUUGAUGGCAUCAAAGUGGUGGUAGUUGCAGAUUAUAAUGACAAGAGCCUCAAAACAUAUUACACCUCAAACCUCAAAUCCUUUCAUAAUAAGCUUCUGCUUUCUAAUUUUCCUUGGCAAAUAGCCAAGUUAAGUGAGAGUCAGAUAGCUGUCAGUGUUUGAGGCAGUAAGGAAAUAGUU